AUGGCCUCACGCAUAGACACAUCGCUAUGUGAACACCUCGGAAGCCUCCUUGCCCCGGCUUCAAGCGGGAGAUCUGCAGCCGAGCAGCGGUACUCGCAAGUCAUCCUCAGCUCGGCCAAGCGGCGGAAGAUCAGCCCUCCAGAGUGCUCAAGCUGCAAGACGGUCUCUCAGCGGACAUGGGCGUGCCUGACGUGCCCGUUCCAUGGGUGCCACCUCACCAAGGACUGCAUGAGGGCGCACUGGAACGAGUCUGGCUGCAAGUUCGCGGUCGAGCCUCUAUCCGGCGGAGUCUUCUGCAGUCAAUGCGACGAUAUGGUCUACUCAGAUCGGAUGGAACAAGCCGCUCGGUCUAUCCGGCUCAAAGUUGAAGAAGAGGCAGAUACGUCCCAGGACCAGACUUCGGCAGGCAUCAAGCGGAGAGCGCCCUACUCUGCUUGGUCUGGGUCAAAUACGAUCACCGCACCUUCAGCGCCAUGUCGAGGCCUGAGACCCCUUCUCAACCUCUCCCAAACCUGUUUCCUCUCCGCCAUCCUCCAGGCAUUCAUCCAUAACCCCCUCCUCAAAUCGUACUUUCUCAGCGAGAAGCACAACCGGCACAUAUGCGCCAGCUCUCGAGGUCUGCUUGUCGGCAAACCAUCCGGGGGGGAGGAGCGGGAUAAGGGGUGUAUGUGCUGCGAGAUGGACCGGGCUUUUGAGGAGUUCCACCGGGAGGAUGCGAGUCCGUUCGGGCCGAUCACGAUGCUGUAUGCGAUGUGGCACGCUAGUGGAGAGCUCGAAGGGCAUGGACAGCAAGACGCACACUCGUUCUUCCUCGCUGCACUAGAUCAGAUCCACGCACACGCCAAGGGUCAGCUGUCCAGCUGUAACUGUAUAGCCCAUCAAACCUUCUCCGGAGCUCUGCUAUCAUCCGUGACAUGCUCGUCGUGCCGCAAAAAGUCAUCUACCGUCGACCCGAUUUUGGAUAUCCAGCUGGACUUUCCAAGCCAUGCUACCGAGACAAUCUCCCUGGCGAGCCUCCUCCGCCGCUUCUGCGCAGAGGAAAGCCUGGGCGAGGGCAAGGGUUAUGACUGUUCGGAUUGCGGGGCUGGACAAUCAGCCACCAGGCGUCUAGUCCUGAAGAAGCUCCCGCCAGUGUUAUCUUUCCAGCUCAAGCGCUUCGCCCAUAAUGCUACUUCUACCAAGAUUGAGACUCCUGUCCGCUUCCCAUCUCACCUCGACAUGCGGCCAUUCGUCGAUCCCGCCCCGGACCUCCCGGACGAGUUAUACCAAUACCACCUGUUCGCUGUUGUCACCCACGAGGGCAAGCUCGACAAUGGGCACUACUGGGCCGAUGUUCUCAGCGAGGGAGAGUGGUGGCAUUGCGACGAUGACAAGGUGACGCCGACGACGCUGAAAGAUGUGUUGGGGCAAAAGGCGUAUAUGCUCUUCUACGUGAAGCGGACGUUGGCUUAUGCGAGCGUGGCGAGGGUGGCUGUGCCCGUGAAUAGUGCGGUGGGGGGAAAGGGGGUCGCGCAGAAGGGGCUGCAGGCGGAGAAGAUGGGCGGGAAAGGCGGGCAUCCUAUCAAGGGAAUGGCGGUGUAG